CGGUGCAGGCCCUCCAUGCCCUUCACGCUGCCUCUCCGGGUGGCCUCUGCUGCCAGCUGCGGGGAUGUGCCCACCCCUGGGCCCAGACCCCCAGCUGAACCCUACACCAACAGCCUGGCACUCACCCUGGAGCCUGCCAGGGGAGCUGCCAACUUCUUGGCCAUGGUGGAUAACCUGCAGGGGAACUCUGGCUGAGACUACGACCUGGAGAUGCUGAGCGGGACCCCUCAGCAGAAGCUGCAGAUACUUGUUGACAAUGGAAGCAGUAACCUUGCCGUGGCCGGUGCCCUGCAUUCCUACAUCGACUCUUACUUUGAUGUGGAGAGGUCCAGCUCCUACCAACCCAAGGGCUUUGAUGUCACCAUGAAGUACACACAGGGGAACUGGACUGGCCUCACUGGGGGGGACCUUGUUACCGUCCCCAAGGACUUCAGUAGUUCUUUUCUUGUCAACAUUGCCACUCUCUUUGAGCCAGAGAAUUUCUUUUUACCUGGGAUUAAGUGGAAUGGGACACUUGGACUGGCUUAUGCUACCCUGGCCAAGCCAUCAAGUUCUCUGGAGACAUUCUUUGACUCCCUCGUGGCACAAGCAAAAAUUCCCAAUGUGUUCUCCGUGUAGAUGUGUGGGACUGGAUUGCCAGUAGCUGGAACUGGUACCAAUGGAGGUAGUCUUGUCCUGGGUGGAAAAGAACCAACUUUGUACAAAGGAGACAUCUGGUAUACCCCUAUUAAGGAGGAGUGGUGCUAUCAGAUAGGAAUACUGAAAUUGGAAAUCGGAGCCCAGAGCCUUAAUCUGGAUUGCAGAGAGAUUCCAGAAUUCUCUGACGGUUUCUGGACUAGGUCCCAGCUGGCCUGCUGGACGAAUACUGAAACACCUUGGUCUUAUUUCCCUAAGAUUCCCAUCUACCUGAGAGAGAACUCCAGCAGAUCAUUCUGCAUAACUAUCCUGCCUCAGCUUUACAUCCAGCCCAUGAUGGGGGCUGGCCUGAAUUAUGAGUGUUACCAGUUCAGCAUUUCACCUUCCACAAACGUACUGGUGCUUGGUGCUACCGUGAUGGCGGGCUUCUACGCGGUCUUGGAUAGAGCUCGGAAGAGGGUGGGCUUCACAGCCAGCCCCUGUGCAGAAAUUGCAGGUGCUCUGGUGUCAGAAGUUUCUGGGCCUUUCUUAACAGAAGACAUAGCCAGUAAUUGCGUCCCAGCCCUGCCUAUGAAUGAGCCCAUUUUGUGGAUUGUCUCAUAUACUCUCAUGAGUGUAUGUGUGGAAUCAUCCUUCUUAAUCAUCCUGCUGCUACUUCCACUCCAGUGUCGGCAUCUUCCCCAGGACCCUGAGGUUGUCAAUGAGGAGUCCUCUCUUGUCCAGCGUUGCUGGAAAUGA